CUGGCACGCGGCGCUCCGGAGCGGGGUUUGUGUGUGGCGCGGCUGUGCAGGGGGCGGUGUGUUUUAGAGGGACUGAGCGCUCACACAACUCACAGUCUACAGCUCAGAAACUGCAGGCCAGGAGGAGAACGCAGUCUGCUGCUGCUGCUGCUGUCUGGAAGAAAACGAACACACUGUUCCCAAGCUACAUUUCUGUGGAUUACCAAUCAGCUCUGAGUCCCACCAUCCCGAGAAGACGCACUGAUAUCCAGUGCGAUAGGUAGCCUGCACGGCCUUGAGGGAAUGAUUAUGUAACAAAGGUUGCUGAAGGUCUUGGCCACGUCCACAUUCAUACGCAGGUUAAGUGAAAUUGGACUACAUAGUCCAUAUGAGUGAGCAAUGCAGCAGCCGUGAGCAACAAAGCAACUGUGUGUGUGGUUAAAUAAAGAUGUCGGCGACUGAAAAUGUCGGCAGGCCAAGCAGAGAGAAAACCUAUAAAAAGGCUGAGGAACCCAAUGACAACAUCAUCCUCGGCUAUUAAGGGAGCCAUCCAGUUGGGCAUUGGUUACACUGUAGGGAAUCUGACCUCAAAACCUGACCGAGAUGUACUCAUGCAGGAUUUUUAUGUGGUGGAGAGCGUAUUUCUGCCCAGCGAGGGGAGCAACCUGACUCCAGCACACCACUAUCCUGACUUCCGGUUCAAAACCUAUGCCCCGUUGGCCUUCCGGUACUUCCGAGAACUUUUUGGAAUCAAACCCGAUGACUACCUGUACUCGAUCUGCAAGGAGCCCCUGAUCGAGCUGUCCAACCCCGGUGCCAGCGGCUCGCUCUUCUACCUGACCAGCGAUGACGAAUUCAUCAUCAAGACCUUGCAGCACAAGGAAGCUGAGUUUCUACAAAAACUGCUGCCAGGCUAUUACAUGAAUCUCAACCAGAACCCCAGGACACUUUUGCCAAAGUUCUACGGUCUCUACUGCAUGCAGUCAGGUGGAAUGAACAUCCGUGUAGUGGUUAUGAACAACGUCCUGCCCCGCUCAUUACGAAUGCACUACAAAUAUGAUCUCAAAGGUUCUACGUACAAACGGCGGGCCUCUCGAAAAGAGCGUGAGAAGUCCUGCCCAACUUACAAGGACCUGGACUUUCAGGACAUGCAUGAAGGUCUGUACUUUGACACAGAGACCUACAACGCUUUGAUGAAGACCCUGCAGCGUGACUGCCGGGUUUUGGAGAGCUUUAAGAUCAUGGAUUAUAGUUUGCUCCUGGGCAUACACGUGCUGGAUACACACAGCCACAGAGAAGCAGAAGGUAGUGGAGGAGACGGCAGGCGUCCUGUAGGACAGAGGGUACUCUACUCCACCGCCAUGGAGUCCAUCCAGGGGGAUGGCAAGGCAGCAGAGGUUGUGACCACAGAUAACACAAUGGGUGGCAUCCCAGCCAGAACCAACAGGGGUGAGAAGCUGUUGAUUUUCCUGGGCAUAAUUGACAUCCUGCAGUCAUACAGGUUUAUCAAGAAGCUGGAGCACUCUUGGAAAGCACUUGUCUACGAUGGUGAUACGGUGUCAGUUCACAGGCCGAGCUUCUAUGCAAACAGGUUUCUCAAAUUUAUGAGUACCAGAGUCUUCCGAAAAAUCCAGACAAACCGAUAUUCUCCCUCUAAGCGAGUGCGUAACUCCAUAGUCCCUAUAAAAUCGUCCUCUCAGGAGCUGCUGUCCCCACACAGGGAGGAAAGAGCAGAGGACAGGGUUGAGAGACUGGUGACAGCCCGCAGUCUUGCCAGUCUGGAGGUGCAUGGGUUUGCUUCUUAUCGGCAGCCCGACCUAGUCUCGAACACAACCACCUAUGGUGAGCCUUCUUCAAUGGCCACUCCUAUGUACGUUAGCGACAGAUACCUGCCUGCCAGACCAAACUAUCGAAAUCCCAACAACUCGUACUCAAACUUCAGGCUGGAGGACAGCGCCAUCUGUCUGACGUCUGAGCAAAGCACAGUGGACAUGGACCGAGACGACGGCUCAGUGCUGGAUGUUUACUUUUAAGGAGGCUGAUUGUGAUGCUCAUUAUUGUCUUCCUCGUCACUUUUCAUCACGCACUCUGGACAUGACUUGUCAAGGAUACACAGUAGGAUCUUUACAGAACUGACUGCUAUUGAUGAAAGACUGGACCUCGGCCAUGAUCAUGGACAACAGGAAAGGAUAAGAGAUGUUUUAUGUGUGCCAUGACAAUACAGCAGUAGAGAUGGUGUUUUAUGGCUGCAAAGAGGCCAGAAUCUGCAGCCUAGGGCCAAAGUAUCUCCAAUCAUCAAGUAAUGCUUGUCUGACUUAUUGUGGAAAACAAAAUCAGGCUUCUUACAGGGCAAGGACCGCUUUGUUUCGAACGUUUUUCAUGUGUUUGCAGAUUUUUAGCUCUUUUGCACUCAAGCAGCACACAAACAGCAAAUCGUUCACGACUUGAUUACUGAAAAAUUACUGCUCAUUGUCGGGGUUUAAAAUGCAAAAGUGUCAUACAGAGAUGAUUGCCUUUGUUUAUAUCGCUGUGAUAUCUAGUAGACUAGAUUACAAAGUAGUUCAAUUCUGAAUGUCUAGUUUUUCAUAAACAAUCAAAAAGGACUUUAGUAUGUCAGAGAAAAUAAAUGAUAUACUCAGUUGAAUUUGAAUAACAUACAAUUUGUCCUUUUUUUAUUUAUUUAUAACACCAAAAAAAUGGCUUACAUGUUUAUUCUAUAGGCAGAGAUGGUUUGAUGAUAAGUCAAGAAAUACUAUCAGUCCUACGUUAUAUGCUAGUAUGCCAUACUUCAAUUUAAACAUGUAAAUGUGUGAGUUUGUGUGCAGUAGACGUUCCAGAAUGAAGGAAUUUUGAUAGUUAAGCUCCACAGAGAAUAUUUUGUGAAGGGUGAGGAGUCAUUUAUAUUUGUGCAUCUGUUCCGUUAGGAAAUAUAAUUCAUAUUGAAGCAUCCUGUUACGAGCUUUAUAUUAUUUGACAGCGUACUUCUGUUUUACACAGACAAUUGCUUAACUUGUGAUCCGUACAAAGAAUAGUCUUUUGAAUAUCAUUAUUGCACCUUUGUAGAGUAAUUUAUGAAACUGCUUUCAAUAAACACUGUAUAUUGUA